GAAGCCCAGAGAGUUCCAGAAACCGGCCUUUCUUGAUUUAGCGUUAGCCUUUACAGUAAAUUCUACAGCGUGGAGAAACUGAAUAGCAAAUGUUUACACCAUGACUGCUAUAAAGGCAUUAAACCCGAAAGCUGAGGUAGCACGUGCCCAAGCCGCUCUGGCAGUAAAUAUCAGUGCUGCUCGGGGUCUUCAGGAUGUGCUCAAAAGUAAUUUGGGACCAAAAGGAACAAUGAAAAUGCUUGUAUCAGGGGCUGGGGACAUAAAGCUGACCAAAGAUGGUAAUGUCUUGUUGCACGAAAUGCAAAUCCAGCAUCCGACAGCAUCCUUGAUUGCCAAAGUAGCUACAGCACAGGAUGACAUCACAGGGGACGGUACAACAUCCAAUGUGCUCAUCAUUGGAGAGCUCUUGAAACAAGCAGACCUCUACGUGUCAGAGGGUCUCCACCCACGGAUAAUAGCAGAAGGUUUUGAGGCAGCCAAGGAUAAGGCUCUGAAGGUGCUUGAGGAGAUGAAGGUGACCAGAGAGAUGGACAGAGAGACCCUCAUCCACGUGGCCCGCACCUCCCUCAGGACCAAGGUCCACGCCGAGCUGGCUGAUCUCCUCACAGAGGCUGUGGUGGAUGCUGUGCUGGCUAUCCACAGACCCAAUGAGCCUAUUGACCUGUUCAUGGUAGAGAUCAUGGAGAUGAAGCAUAAGACUGACAGCGACACACAGCUGAUCCGAGGCCUGGUGUUGGACCACGGCGCUCGCCAUCCAGACAUGAAGAAGCGGGUAGAGGACGCCUUUGUUCUCACUUGCAAUGCCUCUUUGGAAUAUGAGAAAACUGAGGUGAACUCUGGCUUCUUCUACAAGAGUGCUGGCGAGAGAGAGAAGCUGGUGGCUGCUGAGAGGAAGUUCAUCGAGGAGCGUGUGAAGAAGAUCAUCGAGCUCAAGAACGCAGUUUGUGCUGAUAACAGCAAGGGCUUUGUGGUCCUCAACCAGAAGGGCAUUGACCCAUAUUCCCUGGAUGCUCUUGCCAAAGAGGGCAUUGUAGCUCUGCGUAGGACCAAGAGGAGGAACAUGGAAAGACUCACCCUGGCCUGUGGAGGUAUUGCCAUGAACUCUUUUGAAGACCUCACCCCAGAAUGCCUGGGCCAGGCUGGUCUGGUCUAUGAACACACCCUGGGUGAGGAGAAGUACACAUUCAUAGAGAAGUGUGGAAACCCCCUGUCAGUGACCUUGCUUGUGAAGGGACCCAACAAACACACCCUAACCCAGAUCAAAGAUGCAGUCAGGGAUGGGCUCAGGGCCGUCAAGAACGCCAUCGAGGAUGGUACGUGCUGCUGCAAUGGAAGUUCAUCUGACACUAGGGAGGAUUAAUCAAACUCAGCAACUAUUUGAAUCCAGCUCUACUAUCAGAUGAUAUUGAGUGGGGGAGAGUUUUAUCAAGAUGGGACUGAUUCUGUAACGAUGCUGGAAUAGAUUUGUAGGCAUGGACGAAUUAUGUGUUACUCUGUCAGUAGUAGACGCAAUCAGACACCAUGCAAAAACAUUCUUUCACUACUUCUUUACUGAAGGUUAGUGCUGACCUGUGCCUCACCUACUCCUGAGAGACCUUGGCAAAGACUGGGAGCAGACUUGUUCACUCUGAAAUGCACCACCUACCUGCUAGUGGUGGACUACUCCUCAAGGUGGAAAUUGCAAACCUGUCACAAACGAAGUCUGCAGACGUCGUAGUUCAUCUGAAGUCCAUCUUCGCCCACCAUGGGGUACCUGAGAUCCUGGUUACGGACAAUGGGCCUCAGUUCUCUGGAAGACCCCUUUCCGACUUCGCUGCAGAGUAUGAAUUUUGCCAUGUCACCAAUAGUCCAAAAUUCCCGCAAAGCAAUAUAGGGUGGAACGCGCCGUUCAGACGGUGAAGAACCUCCUCAAGAGAGCAGCUGACCCUUACCUUGCUUUGCUGGCCUAUUGGUCAACCCCACUCCAGAAUAGCUUCAGCCCGGCACAACUGCUGAUGGGAAGACAGAUUCGUACCACAGUGCCAAAACUCCCAUCGCUGCUAGACCCAUCAAUCCCAAACACAGGUGUGGUCAGCUCAAAGGAAAAGGAGAGAAGGAUCAGCAACGCUUCAACAAGCGUCACAGAGUCAGCAACCUCAGCAGACACCCACCUGGAAAACAGGUGUUGAUGACGGACUCAAAUCACAGGAACAGUGCUGAGGGAACAUGCAAUACCACAAUCCUACAUAGUGGACGUUCCCCACGGUUCUGUCCACAGGAACAGAUAUCACCUCAUCCCUAUGGAUGGACCUGAGAACAACAACGCUACACAGGCGAAGAUUCAAGUGUCUUCACCACUCCGACACACCAACACCCAAGGUAAUCCUGGAUGUACCUGCUACAUCCAGAACAAGGUCUGGGUGAGCAAUAGUUAAACCUCAAAGGCUGGAGUUUUAAAUCAGAGCAACAACAAAAGACUGAGCUCAAAGUAAAAAAACAAAACAAGACAACAGCUGUUAAGUUGCUAAGUUCUAACUUAUCUGUGGGGUACAUUUGUGUUAAAAUAAAUGACAGAUGCAUUUUG